AUGAGCGGGCUUGCUCAAUUGAGGAGAGUGGGCUGGGAGGUUGGGUUUUUCACCAUUUGGAUCCAUUUCAAGAGUGAGCUGAGGGAAAGGGUUCCCUGUCGUUGCUACGCCGCCUGUAACAGAAGAGAGAGAGGGAUGACUGACUUAAUCACUACCGACGCAGUAUGGACGAGACGGUUUUCAUAUCCACUCGGAUCCUCGUUCGGCAUCUUGGUCACAUCGGAUUGGUCAACGAGCCCGUUUGGACUCUUGGUUACAGCAGGUUCAACGGAAACACUUGGAGCCUCGGACGCAAAAAGAUGGUCAAGACUAUUUUCGGCAGCUGAGCGCCGGCUGGCCGGAGCUUGGUGGGUCGUAGAGGAGAUACAACAAGCAACGGAAAAUCUUAUUUCUGUCAGUCCCUAUGUAUCUCAAUCUUCUCAGAAGACAGGUUCUUUUGAAGAUAGUGAAGAAACAGCUGCUUUCUGGAAUGAUCCAGAAACAAUUGCAGCUAUUGAGAAGAUUGAGUGUGCUAUUGGGAAGAGGGCUGCAUACAAAAAGAAGACACAAGGUGAUGAUGUUCUCAGUUUUUCAUUGGGACUGGGGUUGUCCUCCCAGUCCCAAGAGAGUGACAGAGGUUGGGAGGACAUUCUAAAUGUUUCAAGGCAGUUCUCAACUGAUAACAGAGAUGAUCAUGAUGGUUCUAUCACCCAACUCUCUAAGCAGAAGAAAGAGAGAGAGACACUUGAAAAAGAAAAAGUGAAAGUCACAGAGAAGCAGAAAGAGAAAGAGAUAGAGAGAGAAGAUGUUUCAAGGCAAUUUCCCCAAGCACCAGUUGGUGAAGACCAUCCAUCUACUGAAGAACUAGUUUUUGAAGAUGUUGUUGCAUUUUUGAAUCAAACAGAUGAAGAGUUAGAGAGAAAGCUGAAAGAAAGACAGGAUAAAGACAGAGAGGAGAAAGAGACAGAAAUGAGAGAGAGAGAGGAGAAUGAGAGAAAGCAAAAAGAGAGUGAAGAAAUAAAGAGGAGAAAAAACAGUGAAGACCUUGAGAGAAAGAAGAAAUUGAGAGAGGAUAAAGAGAGAGAAGAAAGAGACAAAAAAGAAACAGAGGUAAAAGAGAGAAAAGAAAGACAGGAAAGAGAGAAAAGAAAGAGAGAGGAGAAAGAAAGAGAGGAAAGAGAGGAGAAAGAGAGACAAAAGAAAAGGAGGGAAGAGAAUGAGAGAGAAAAGAAGGAGAGAGAGGAGAAGCAAGAGAAAAAGAGGAAAGAGGAGGAAGAAAGAGACCAGAAACAGAGAGAGGAGAAAGAGAUACAGCAGAAAGAAAGAGAGCAGAAAGAGAGAGAUGAGAAGGAUAGACAAGAGAGAGAGAGAAGAAAGAGAGAGAAGACAAAAUGA